AUGGAAAAGGAAAAAACAACAAAUUUAACGAGAUGGAAUGAGCGGAUGUUCAUCAUCCUUUAUGUAAAAGUUGACCAUUGGUUGAAACAGAUUGAAAAGAAACAAGAUUUUCAACAAUGUCUUAGAGCCCGCCUUUAUGUGCUUCCUUACGUAAGGAAAGUGAAAAAAAAAGUUCAUCAGAGAUUAAUUAUGAGCGUAAUAAAAAAUCCUCCUAAUUUGAAUAAAACUGACCCUUGGUCAUCGUCAUUGGAAAGAGAUUGUGAAACGAGAGACUUCAGGUACGGCAUGCUGACCCUUUUCCUACAUGCGCAGGGUGGUGAAUAUGUUUCAAGCAUACUCGAAAUAUUCCAUAAAACUUCAACUUGCUUCUGGCACAUAAAACUUCAUGAAAAUUCCAUCAAUGAAGUGGCACCCUGUGGAGAGAUAAAGUUCGAAGAAAAACAGAUUUUAUUACAUUUCUACUUGAAGGAAACAUUUAAACGAAAUCAAAAGAAAACCAAGCGAACCUUCUUGAUUCGGGACGCGUUAAGGGAUACUGCAAAGAGAGACUGA